CCGCUUCCGGUGGAACUAAGCGGAAACAGCUCGUUGAAGCCUGAGUGGUUCUGGAGGUCCGGUUCUGAUCCUGGAUCCAUCCAGAGGUCCAGUCGGUGCCGCCAGACCCUGAAAGCGGCGAUGGAAGGAGAAGCUCAGGUCUACUCGCCCCUCCCUCCUGGCCUGGAGGGUCGUCUUGGUGUGGAGGGUCAUGCUGUUUCCAGGGCGACCCGCUUUACUGAGGCCUACCUGAGGAACUGCGUUCAGAGGCAGACACGUCUGGACGUCCAGAAGGUUCUGACCCACAAGGCCCUGAUCCUGGACUACAGCCGUCCCAAGAAGGACAGAACCAGGCGGAGCAGCAAGAAGGCCAAAGGACUGAACGCCCGACAGAAGAGGAUGAUGAAGGUCUACCAGAUCAGACCUGAACACCAAAGGUCAGUUAGAGGGACGCUGUGUGACGGUACCUGCAUUGGUCCAACAGAAGGUCCAUCAGAACCAGUCUGCCUCUUUCCCGUCCCUCUAAGGCAUGUCUUUGCCCUCACAGUGGUGCGGUCCAAAUGUCCAGCCUACGUUGGAAUCACUGGGAUCCUGAUCCAGGAGUUCAAGCAGGUGUUUAAGAUCAUCACUAAGGAAGACAAAACCAAAGUGAUACCAAAGAGGAACAGUGUUUUUUCUGUGGAGAUCGACGGCUUUGUGUCGCACAUCUAUGGAAACAAGUUGGAGAUGCGGGCCAGCGAACGCUCUGCCAAGAAGUUCAAAGUAAAGGGAACCAUCGACCUGUAGGGACUGUCCUCUGACGGCCCCCUGCUGGACGGACAAAGAACUGCACAAAGCCUGCAGCCUGUGCAGAGCCAACACAAGUCCAGUUACUCAGAUCUGAGCGGGUUCUGCUGAGUUCAGACUGUGGCAGAACACACUUUUCUUUCAGUAGACCUCUGUGAGGUUCUUCUUCUCCUGUUCUGCCAGACGUCCCGUUUGAAAUAAAAGAUCCGUGAUGCAGACAUGGGCAAUGUGGAGUCAACAAGUCAUCUACAUGUCAUGUAUUUGUUCUACCCAGUCACUGAAGCAGGUGAGUCCAAUCUUCACCGUGAAUUAACCUGUGCAGAUUGGACUCACCUGGUUAAUUGGCUGGGUAGAUUAAAUACAUGACAUGGAGAUGACUUGUUGACUCCACAGUGCCCAAUUCUGCCUUGAUGAUAGCUGCAGGAACCUUCAACAUUUUUCUGCACAGAUAAAAAACAGAUUAAAUAUGGAGGACUUGACAUUGUUUGAUGUUC